AUGUCUACCAAGGCUAUCCGCGAGUACGACGCCAAGCAGCUUCUGUCUUACUGGUUGCCCCGUUCCCCUACCCCCAUCCCCUGUAAGACCGAGUCGACGGUCGCACCCGUCCAGGUCGCUCAGGUUGAAUUCGACCCGGCUACCAAGACCGUCUCCCCUCCCAUCAAGCCCGGCCAGGGUCUCCCCGAAUGGGUCUUCACCUCCAAGCUCGUCGGCAAGCCCGAUCAGCUCAUCAAGCGACGCGGAAAGGCCGGCCUUCUCUGCCUCAACAAGGAGUGGGAAGAGACUGGUGCCUGGAUUGAGCAACGCGCUGGCAAGCCCCAGCUCGUCGAGAAGACCACCGGAACUCUCAACACCUUCAUCAUCGAGCCGUUCCUCCCCCACGCGGCCGACACCGAGUACUAUGUCUGCAUCAACUCUGUCCGUGAGGGUGACUGGAUCCUCUUCACACACGAGGGUGGUGUUGAGGUCGGAGAUGUUGAUGCCAAGGCGUUGAAGCUUCUCAUCGCUGUCGGAGAGGAGUUCCCCACUCGCGAGACUAUCAUCUCGACCCUCCUCCAGUCUGUCCCCGCUGCCAAGCAGGACAUCCUCUGUGACUUUCUCAUCCGCAUGUACGCCGUCUACGUCGACUUGCACUUCGCCUACCUCGAGAUCAACCCCCUCGUCUGCGUUGACGCGACUGCCACCAAGCCCGCCGAGAUCUUCUACCUCGACAUGGCUGCCAAGCUCGACCAGACCGCCGACUUCCUCUGCGGUCCCAAGUGGGCUCUUGCCCGUGACACCGCUUCGUCCGUCGCCGGCUCGUCGAUCAAGGCUGACCGUGGACCGCCCAUGGUCUGGCCCGCGCCCUUCGGUCGUGAUCUCACCAAGGAGGAGGCGUACAUUCAGAAGCUCGACGCUUCGACCGGUGCCAGUCUCAAGUUGACCGUGCUCAACCAGACUGGUCGCGUUUGGACCAUGGUUGCUGGUGGUGGUGCAUCGGUCGUCUACUCAGACGCCAUCGCCGCUGCUGGCUUUGCCCACGAGCUCGCCAACUACGGUGAAUACUCGGGUGCCCCGACCGAGGGUCAAACCUACGAGUACGCCAAGACUAUCGUCGACCUCAUGACCCGUGGCGAGGUUCACCCCGAAGGCAAGGUCCUCAUCAUCGGUGGUGGUGCCGCCAAUUUCUCGGACGUCGCCGCUACCUUCAAGGGUAUCAUCCGUGCCCUGAAGCAGUACAAAGAGGCGCUCCUCCGCCACGACGUCAAGAUCUGGGUCCGCCGAGCCGGUCCCAACUACCAGGAGGGUCUCAAGGCCAUGCGCCUUUGCGGAGAAUCCCUCGGUCUUUUCAUGAAGGUCUACGGUCCCGAGUCCCCCAUCACUGCCAUCGUCCCCAUGGCUCUCGGCAUCUCCAAGCCCCCUCCCACCCAGUCCGCCACCCCCGCCGUCGAGGACGCCCCCGUCCAGGCCAACGGCUCGAACGGCACCGGUCCCGAGAAGACCCAAAAGGCGGUCGGCUCCAUCAAGGCCGACGGCUCGCGCGAGCAGGCCGACGACCACAUCGUCCACUUUGAGACCGAGACGGUUGGCAAGCGCACUUGGUACCGUCCCUUCGACGAGCACACCCGGUCGUUCGUCUUUGGUCUCCAGCCCCGUGCCAUCCAGGGGAUGCUCGACUUUGACUUCUCCUGCGGCCGCAAGACCCCCUCGGUCGCUGCCAUGAUCUACCCCUUCGGCGGUCACCACAUCCAAAAGUUCUACUGGGGCACCAAGGAGACCCUCCUCCCCGUCUACACUUCCGUCGCCGAGGCGACCAAGAAGCACCCGGACGUCGACGUCGUUGUCAACUUCUCUUCUUCCCGGUCGGUCUACGCCUCCACCAUCGACAUCCUCUCCUUCCCCCAGAUCAAGGCCAUCGGUAUCAUCGCCGAGGGUGUCCCAGAGCGUCAUGCCCGUGAGCUCCUCCACCUCGCCACCAACAAGGGCGUCAUCAUCAUCGGUCCCGCCACCGUCGGCGGUAUCAAGCCCGGAUGCUUCCGUAUCGGAAACACCGGUGGUAUGAUGGACAACUUGAUCUCGUGCAAGCUCUACCGUGCCGGAUCGGUCGGCUACGUCUCCAAGUCGGGCGGUAUGUCGAACGAGCUCAACAACAUCCUCUCGUACACCACCAACGGUGUCUACGAGGGUAUCGCCAUUGGUGGUGACCGAUACCCCGGUACCUCGUUCAUCGACCACAUUAUGCGGUACCAGGCGGACUCGGAGUGCAAGAUGAUCAUGCUCCUCGGAGAGGUCGGCGGAACGGAAGAGUACCGUGUCAUUGAGGCCGUCAAGUCUGGCAAGAUCACCAAGCCUAUCGUGGCUUGGGCGAUCGGGACGUGCGCCAAGAUGUUCACCUCCGAGGUGCAAUUCGGUCACGCCGGAUCCAUGGCCAACUCAGACAUGGAGACGGCCGACGCCAAGAACCGCUCCAUGAAGGCGGCCGGCUUCAUCGUCCCGGACACCUUCGAGGACCUCCCCACCGUCCUCGCCGAGACCUACCAGAAGCUCGUCUCGUCCGGCGCUAUCGUACCCAAGCCCGAGGUCGAGCCCCCAAACAUCCCCAUGGACUACAACUGGGCGUCCAAGCUCGGGCUCAUCCGGAAGCCCGCUGCCUUCAUCUCGACCAUCUCGGACGAGCGGGGCCAGGAGCUCAUGUACGCCGGUAUGCGUAUCUCGGAGGUGUUCGAGGAGGAGCUCGGCCUCGGCGGUGUCGUCUCACUGCUCUGGUUCAAGCGUCGUCUCCCCCCAUACGCCUGCAAAUUCAUCGAGAUGGUCCUCCAGCUUACGGCGGACCACGGACCGGCCGUCUCGGGUGCGAUGAACACCAUCAUCACUGCACGUGCCGGCAAGGACCUCAUCUCGUCCCUCGCCGCCGGUCUCCUUACCAUCGGUGACCGCUUCGGUGGUGCACUCGACGGCGCCGCCCGCGAGUUCUCGAACGGUCUCGAGUCGGGCUUGACCCCGCGAGAGUUUGUCGACUCUAUGCGGAAAGCCAACCGCCUCAUCCCCGGUAUCGGCCACAAGAUCAAGUCAAAGACCAACCCGGAUCUCCGGGUCUCGCUCGUCGUUGACUUUGUCAAGAAGAACUUCCCCGCCCACAAGACCCUCGACUUUGCCCUCGCGGUCGAGGACGUCACUACCCAAAAGUCCAACACCCUCAUCCUGAACGUGGAUGGUGCUAUCGCCGUCUCGUUCUGCGAUCUGCUUUCGGGCUGCGGCGCGUUCACCGAGGAGGAGGCGCAGGAGUACAGGAACAUCGGGGCCCUGAACGGUCUCUUUGUCCUGGGUCGGUCUAUCGGUUUCAUCGGACACUUCAUCGACCAGAAGCGUCUCAAGCAGCCCCUCUACCGUCACCCGGCCGACGAUAUCUUCAUCAGCUUGGCCGACAGGGUUAUGAUCCAGCCCGGAAAUUAG